AAAAUACCUUGACGCUGAUGUUCUGAUAACGUUCUGAUAUCGUUGACUAAAGAUCGGUUUGGUAACGUUUAACUUCCUUGUUUAAAAAUUACCGCCGCAGGAGGCAAAAUUCACCAUGGCUAACGAAUAUGCGCAAAAGAAAUGCGCUGCCAUCGUCACAAAUUACACAAGUGUAUGCAUUUGGUCCAUUGAAGCAUGAAGUUAGAGCUUUCCAAGUUUCACAAAAACUGUUUAUUCUAUUAUUACUUCAUGAGACCGAAUAAACAUGAGGGCCCGAAUAAUUUCUCCCUCAAAUAGUAUUCUCAAUUACACAUUCUGAGAAACACGUGUUCAACUUCUGCGGACCCAAACUUUUUGUAUCGAAUGCACGGACCCUGUGUUUAAGCCAGCGAGAUGUCUCAGGACGACGACGUAGGAUUUUUGUACAAAACAAUGAUUGAACGUGAUCCUAAAAAAAGGCGAGUGAAGCCUGUGGAUUCUGCUCAGCAAUCACUACUUGAUUUUGACUUGGGUGAAAGUUCCGAUGACAGCGAUUUCAGAAUUGAAGACCACUGCGAGGAGUCUGAUGACGAUUCUGUUGAUUCCAAUGACGUUGGAAAAGACGAGGAUGAAGAUGAGUCAGAUGGGACUGAUGAUUCUUUGGAUGAGCCAUUGGUUUGUGGAAAGGGCAUGACUGUGUGUGAUGUCAUUGAACAAGCACGUCAACAGGCAACUAAAGUGGGACAGCUUGAUGAAAAAGUAACAAAAGUUCUAAUUUGUUGCGGAUGUUUAGGAGAUAGAAGCGAUGACAUCAAUGAAAUAGUGGAAUGUGAUGGAUGUGGAGUUACAGUCCACGAAGGUUGUUAUGGUGUUUCUGAUGUUGAAAGCUUCUCUAGCACAGACUCACUCUGCCAGUCUGCACCAUGGUUCUGCGAGGCAUGUAGUGCAGGUGUUGAUGAUCCAUCGUGUGAACUGUGUCCCAAUAAAGGAGGAAUUUUUAAAGAGACUGAUGUUGGAAAGUGGGUUCAUCUUGUAUGUGCUUUAUAUGUCCCUGGAGUUGCUUUUGGAGAGGUGGAUCGCCUAGCAAGUGUAACCCUAUUCGAGAUGGCAUACAGCAAAUGGGGUGCAAAGCAGUGCUGCUUAUGUGAAGAUUCUCGUUAUGCACGAACCGGUGUGUGCAUAGAAUGUGAUGCAGGAAUGUGUCACACGUACUUCCACGUUACUUGCGCACAAAGAGAGGGUUUAUUAUCAGAGGCUCACAGCGAAGAAGUGGAUCAAGCUGACCCAUUUUAUGCCCAUUGUAAAUUACACUCUGACAAAACGCUAGUUCGACGUCGUAGACGUAACUGGUUAGCUCUUCAGCUUCGUGCCCAAUAUCGACAACAGUUGCACCUACAACCUGAUCAUCUUGAUACUGAGGAACAACGCAGGAUUCAAAGAAAGUUAGCAAAACAUAGGCACAAGUAUUUGGCGCAUAAAGCAUCAAGGCCACCGCCUUGGGUACCUACGCAAAAAAUGCCACGCCUUCUGACAACAUCUGCAUCCGCAUGUCGACAAUUGGCAAAGAAAGCUGAGUUGAUGGGAGUGGAUACUGCAGCUCUUGAAGCCCAAGAGGCUCAGCUGGUUGCUUUGGUAGAUGUUAGAAAAAAGUGGCACAUUCCUCCUGCGUUUAGUGUAGAAUUUAUUGGCUACUAUCUCGACCGAAAUUUACGUGUUGCUUCAAUGAAGCGGCGGCUCCAAGAACACUUAGAUGUUAACUCUCAAUUGUUGAAUGAACAACAAAGGUUAGAUAGAAAGUACGACGAAGUGACCAAAGAUAAUGAAGAUCAAAUUCGUAUCAACGUUACUUUGAAAGAAAAGAUUGAAAUGUAUCAUCAGCUACUCAGAUCAGCUGGUUACGUCAAACCACUACCACUCAUCGGUGAUCUAACUAAGCCCAGGAUACCAACUACUCUUGGUACAGGUCUCGGGGUGCCAACUGCAGCGGCGUUGAAGAUGGGAGUUGGUUUUCCGCUACCUGUAGGCAAAGGUGGUGAAGGUGGAAGGGAAGGCCGUGUUUUGAGCAGUCAAGCUCACGACCACAACCAUAAAGGAGAUCUAACGUUGAGGCAUCAGUGUGGAAUUUGCCGGAGAGCAACCGACCAACACUUACUUGCUAAGUGCGACACGUGCCAUCUUCACUACCAUUUGUCUUGUCUCAGUCCACCUUUGGCACGUAUGCCAAAGAAGACGAAACUCAUGGGCUGGCAAUGUUCAGAGUGUGAUAAAGAAUCUUCGGGAUCAGAAGUGGAACAUGUAGACACAUCAGCGCCCAGAAGGUUAAGACACUGCAAGGAUGAUGCCAGCCCUUCCUUCAUCCCAGUUUUAGAAACACAGAUUCCCGCUGCUCUAGAUACACCAACUACGUCAAAAAUUGUUGCUGCCACUGAUAUUACAACAGCGAUCGCUACAAGCCAAGAACCGCCCACAACGCCAAAGCUGACCAUAAAACCUAUGGGGCCACAACCUCCUUUCAUGGAAAAAAUGCUGACAGAGGCAACUGUGCCUCACCCACAACUGACAAACAAUCUAAAUUUUACUCCAAGAGAAGGUUCACCACAAUACAUGGUGGCAUCUGCAGACGGCACUGAAACUAUAUCACAAAGAAGUGGAAAGAAACGAAGAAGGGAAAAACAUAAGAGAUAUACACCUGAUCCAAUCACGGGAGUUAAACAACGUAAACGAAAACACAAAAGGAAGAGCUUGGAUAUUGAAAAUCCCGAAAUGCAAGGUCAGCCAGAAGUGCAUAGAAGAAUCACCAUUAAGAUCAAGCCAAUUCCACGACCUGAAGGUGAAAUAGCGUCAGAAUCAAGUCCACAAAUGUUCGUUGCUACUUCGACUAGUACCGAAAUCACACCGCCACCGCCAGUUCUUAAGCUACCAUUGCCACCGCCACCGCCACCACCUCCCCUGCCAACCACUCCGUCAACUCCUGUUACAACUCCAAGUAGCAGUAAUACUAAUAGUAGAUUAUCUUCGGGUAAUUUAAAAAAAGGAAAGGAAGCAGAUCUUCUAACCCAGUGCGACGUCUGCAACACCCCCGGAACGAAUCAGAACCUUGUCAGGUGUGACGAAUGCAAAAAAUGCUAUCAUUUCACAUGCCUGGAACCACCAGUUAAGAAAUCACCUAAAAGGAGAGGUUACUCGUGGCACUGUGCAGAUUGCGAUCCGAGUGCAUCGGAGUCCGAGAAUUGACUAAUUGAAAACAAUCUGUGGCUGAAAUCUACGUUUCACGAGCUCCAGAAAAAAAAUUGAUGAUAAUAACGGAAUACAAUAUAGCUCUAACUAAUUAUCUAAUUAUGAUAUGAUGUAAGAUACUAUUAGUUUUCUCCCCCUAAUUUAAUAUUAUCCACAGUGUUUUAUCUAAAAUAUUAAGGAGUAGUUUACAUACUACUAGAGAUAGAUAUAUCCCGAGUCAAUUCAAUGCCAUGUUCCGAUUUCUUUUACUUUUCUACCUAUGAUUAGGUUGAAAUAUCUUAUUCAAGGGAUAAUUCAUUGAAUUUGUUCAAUGUAUGUAGAACCCCAUUUUUCUGAUCGCGUUGCUGAUAAGUUUUCAAAUGAAAAAUUGUAAGCAAGAAUUGUCAAAAGAACAAGAAGCGAAGUUGUGUUACUUACCUCCCUUAACUAGUAAUACAGGUAAUCCGAUUGUAUACGAUUUACUUACGAAUGCCUAAAUAAUACUUAAUUGAGUUUUCACAAGUCAA